AUGGCGACGCCGUGGCGCUGGGCCGCCGCCGCCGUGCUGCUCCUGGCCGUGUCGGCCACGCUACCGCCCGUCCGCGGCUUCUCCGUCCCGCUGCAGCGACCCACGGACUGUGGCGGAGAUCGCUACUUCGACAUCUCCCGCCUGGCCUGCGCUCCCUGCGGAGCCCACCAGCGACCGAGCGACGGCGGUAGCUCAUGUGUAUGCCAGCCAGGAUACAGGAUGGUUUCUAGUAAUGGGGGGUCCUCUGUUGUUUGUGAAAAAUGCCCAGAAAAUAUGACUGGAGUUACUCAAGAUGGUUGGAAUUGUAUUACUUGCCCUAAAGGUCUAACUUCAGAAGGAACAUGUAAAUGCUCCAAUAAUGAAAUAGUAGUGGAAAGAAGUAUCGAUGGCGUUUUGCUUGAUGAAGCAUUGUGCUUACAUUGUAACGGAAGUGAGCAAUCCUUCUCUGCUUCAGAUGCAUCAGGAAACAAGUGUGUAAGAUGUGAACAAACAUUCAUCAAUGCAAGCAAGUCUUGUGACUGCAGCAGCCCAAACAUUUUAACUGGUGGGCUGUGUUUCAGUGCUGGUGAAAACUUACCCCCAAAGGGAGUUGCAACUGUUCGUUUUGCACAGCUGGGUAUAACACUGACAUCAGCGUGGUUUCUGAAAAACCUGCAGUCCUCAGCCUCUGCCUGUUGGUUGUACUCUAACCUAACAGCAUGCCAAGCUCUUGGAAAUAUGUGUGUGAUGAACAUGAACUCACUGGGUUAUUCAAGUACUGAUGCCUGUGGUUUAUUUCAGUAUAUUUAUGUCAAUACAGCAAGACUGGGUGUUGCCCAUUCAAUAGCCUUCUGGAGGCAUAAUCUUCCAUGGCUAUAUUAUGGUGAUCGACCAGGAUUAGCAUCCCAAGUGCUUGAGGCAAACAAUUUCCCUACAAUCUUCAGUUUUAAAGGAACAGAUAAGGAUGUAAAGCUGCAAUUUAUUGCAGCCUCAUUUGAUGCUGCAGGAAACUUUCUUAAGUGGCAGAGUUUGGAAGGAGGCCUCUUACAGCUUUGUCCUGAUACCCAAACUAAAUUGAAUGCAGCUUAUGCAUUUGGAACAACUUACCAACAAAGUUGCAAAAUUUCAGUGUCCAAGAUUUUACUGGAUUUUGCUAAUCCAAUUUUUUAUGACCUAUUCCUUGAAUAUAAUGGUGACGAUGGACAACAAUAUCUUUGGGACGUGCCUGUUUUAAAUUUGAAUCUUCAGUACAGUGAAAUAUUUGUUAAUCAAGGCACUAAUAUGAACAGCUGGCUUCUGACUCGUCGAUUUUUUUUGGUGGAUGCGCUAAGUGGAAAAGAGAAUGAUUUGGAAAAACUACCAAGAGUACUUCGUAUUGCUAGCAAAAUAGCAAUAAGCAUUCGUCUGGCAUCCCAUAAUCAGAGAGGAACUAUCUACCCUCCUCUGCUCACUAUUGCUUACACAGAUGUGCUUGUUGAAAACCCUGAAACCCAGAGUGUGAUGGUUUCCUUCUCAGUCAGUUAUGAGAUGAAUCAGUCAGAGGCUCAGGUUCAGACUGAUAUCACGCUGGGUGUGUUGGGUGGGCUCGCAGUGUUAUGGUCCCUUCUCAAGACUGCAGGCUGGAAGAGACGCACAGGAAGCUCUAUAAUUGACUUGCAGACAGUUUUGAAGUUCUUACUGUUUUAUGCUGGAGACCUUGCCAACGUUUUCUUUAUCAUCACAGUGGGCACAGGGAUUUAUUGGCUUGUGUUCUUCAAAGGUCAGCAGUUUGUCUCUGUCCUUUUACCACUUCCUUCUCAAGAAGAAGAUUUUGUUACAUACGUAGCAUGUGCAUUUAGUUUAAAGGCUCUGCAAUUCUUACAACUGCUGGUUUCACAGCUUACUAUAGAUAUUUUCUUUAUUGACUGGGAAAGACCUAAGAGCAGAGUUGUUAAAGGAGUUGAAGGUGAAGGUGUUAUUAAAAGUGCUGCUGCACCUGUGAGCAUAUGGAGGACCUAUUUCGUAGCAAAUGAAUGGAAUGAAAUUCAGACAGUGAGGAAGAUAAACCCUCUGUUUCAAGUAUUUGCAGUUCUUUUUUUUCUGGAGGUGGUGGGAUUUUCAAACCUGGCUUUAAUGGAUUCUUCUUCCAGUCUUGAAAGAAGCAGUGAGAGUUACAUAGCUCCUUGGAGCCGCAUUUUGAGAUUUGGUGUUUCUGCUGCGGUCUGGUUAGCCAUUGCUGGCUUACAGAUUAUAUUUUUUUCUGUGUGUUAUGAAAGAUUUGUUGAAGAUAAGAUAAGCCAAUUUGUUGAUUUGUGUUGCGUGAGCAAUAUUUCAGUGUUUCUCUUGUCACACACCUGCUUUGGUUAUUAUAUUCAUGGUCGCUCUGUGCAUGGACAUGCAGAUACCAAUAUGGAAGAAAUGAAUAGGAACCUAAAGAGAGAAGCAGAAAAUCUGUGUAGUCAGAGAGGUUUGUUACCAAACACAGAUGGCCAGACAUUUCAGAUGUCCAUUUCAAGAAAAAUGCGACUGCACUAUGACAGGAUUCAUGAAACCCUGACAAGAAGACGUGGUCCGGCUAGACUUUUGGACUCAUCUGCAAAUACUUUUGAACAAAGCACAAAGGCAUAUAACAUCAUGAACAAAUUUCUCAGUUCUUUUAUUAAUCAUGCUCAUAAAGAAAUGGAUUAUAUUGUUAAAGAUAAGUUGCUGUUUGAACGGAUUCUUGGCAUGGAGUUCAUGGAACCAAUAGAGAAAAGUCUUUUUUACAGUGAUGAAGGACAGUCUUUCAGUGAUGUUCUCUAUUACGGCAAUGAGACAACGCUGCUCAUCUUUGAUAUCCUGUUUUUCUCCGUGGUGGAUCUGGCUUCCCAAAGUUUUGUUUUAGCAGCUAUUCUAACCUAUUUGCAACAAGAGAUAUUCAGGUUUAUUCGUAGUACGCUUGGGCAGAAGAAUUUGGCAUCCAAAACCCUGGUGGAUGAAAGAUUUCUCAUUUAAUUAAGAAGAUGGAAAACUUUGUUGAGGAGUUCAUGGUGGAUGUUAUGUCCCUGACCAAAGCAUCUCUGACUGCAGAUUAAUUCUAGUGCACUUUUUGAUAAUAAUAAUAGUGUAAUGUUUCUGAAAAGGAUACAUUUUUAUAUUGUGUGCUAUUAAGCUCUAUUUUUGUGUAUUUACAAAUAUUUUUUGAAUUUAUGAACACUAAGCCAUAGGCUAUUAAAAGGAAAGGCACAUGAACAUAAGACAGAAGUAAACUGUUGUUAUUAGUAAAAUAAGGUAAAUAUUAUUUGAUGGUUUUGGUAAGAUAGAGACUGCUCACUUUUUUUUUCUGACAAUCCCUUACAUCUUUUUUAUUAUUUUUAAUUUAUUUUGAGGUGUAAUGUUUAUCAAACACAAUUCCAGUUUUACACAGCACAGGAUUUGUUCUCAAGUAAGCUACUAUUUCAGGAGGACUUUUUAAAAAUCACUUAUAGCAACUCCAACUUGAAAUUUGAGCUGUUCUUUACUGUGUGAUAAUAUCGUGUGCUUUUGUCUCUUCUCUUGGAGUCUUUUCUUGGGUGUGGACUAGACAUGACAAAGUUUCCUUGUGUUUGAAAUUCAGUAGUGUUUCAGUGAUACAGAAAAACAGGUUAGUUAUGAUAGAGCAGCAGAGAUACUUAUAGGUACUGGGGGUUUGUCCCUGAUCUUCUGUCAUCUGAUGCAAAAUGCAUGAGGAAGUCACAGUAAUGCUUCUGUGCUGUUUCCACAGAAGUGAAACAGCAGGAAUCGUUCUUAUCGUAGAAGUGUUUUCACAGGUGCCUAUCUAUGCUCAUGUAUCUCUGUCUCUCUCUCUCUCUGAACUUUCUGGCUUUAUUAUCUUUAGGUAUAACCCAGGGACCAUAAUCAUUUUACCAUCACCAUGUUUUUGGAAUUUAAACAAGUUAAUAAUUAUUCAAGUGCCACUUAUUAAGUAUUAAGGGAGAUUAUGAAUGGCCUUCAAAACACCUUAAAGCGAGGUGUCUACCUCCCAUUUGUACCUCUGAAAAGUCUCUCUGUCUUUUUUAACGUAUGUUUUUCAGUAAAUGGUUAAACAUGAAUAGUGUUUGCUGUUUUUAUGGCUGUUACCUGUCUUUAGAUGAUUCCACAAGGGACUUUCACCAGCAAAAACACCAUAAAAAUGUAAGCCAAGGUAGUGUGCUUAUUCCAGAACAGAGACUGAGGACAUGAUUAGCUGGACCUAGCAGAUUUCCAGUACCAGUGUGCUCAUCUGAGUUGAAACAUCACUAUUUCAGGUGUUUCUUGGCUUUAUAAAAAGGAAAGUGUUCUCAUUUUGAUACUACAUCAUAUUAUCAUGAUCUUAAACCUACUGGAUUUGCAGCAGGACAUCCAUUUAUCAGUAUGCAGUUUAGCAUGGACAUUUCCAUGUCCUGCUUUCCUUACUUCUGUCUGCUUACAUGCACAAUGCUUAGUUUGUUGGUGCCCACUGUGCUGCGAAAAAAAGGCGCAAAUACAAAACUUCCAACAGUGAAGUGUGCACUCUAAAUAAAAUUAUUGUUGCUGCCUUUAUAGUGAAUGUAGAACUGGAAGUGUCCAUUAGGUGCUGCAUCCAUUAAAGUAGACAAAAAAUUGUAUUUCUACUGAGUACCAUGAUUGUAUGAUUUAUUAGUUGUGAGGUUUCUGUCAUACUUCAUGUCUGUGAUCUACUGAGUGCCAAAACUGUAAACUAAGCUCAGGAGCCAUCUGAAGAAGGGUCUACAGCAGGGCAUUAGCAAGCCAAAGUUAAGCUCACGUGAUGCCCAUGUAUUUCUUUGGUCCAUACCCUUGCAUAGCUUAGCUAAGCUUAAUUUUUCAGUUCUUACAAGUCCUAUUGAAAUGUCAGUGUACAAGAGGAAAUAUACUCUUUCUUAUGUGACUAUAUUUAUUUAAGGUAACUGAUGUGACUAAAGGGGUGUAGAAAGUUGCUGUGGUCCAUAAGUGAUCAAGUGUGACCCUAAUGAAUUAUCCUAAUAGAGAUCUUUUCUUAUUGUCACUUUCCACCAAUAGUACUGUACAUCACUGGCAAUGGUAACAGGCUCAGGCUUUUUGUCUGUGUGAAUUCUGAUGAUGUGUUCAUAGUCAUGAAGGUAUUCUAGGGAACAAAGCCAUGCUUCAAAUGUACCAGAAUGGUCUGACUUAGGACCAACUUCAGCCAGAAUAGCUAAAACGUAGUAACUAGACCAGGAUAAACCAGGGAAUGCUUGCAAGCAAAUGCCAUCUGUAGACACAGACUUGUACUUUAAUUAGCCCAGUACCAGCAGAAAUGGGGACAUUUCAGCUUUCCCUCUGUACCCUGUUGUCAAUGCUUUUGCUUAACCAGUGACACCUUUCUGUGCAAAAGUCCUGCUUUGAGUUUGCUUUAGGUAGGCCUUUAAUUAUGUGCUGCUCAGAAGGGCAUGUGAAAGCUUUGAUGACCUUGCACUUUGCAAGAACUACUGCUACAGGCAACUCUUGUUACAGAUAAAUGAUAAAUUAAUCUGAAAACGUCAAAACAGUUCAGUUGCUUGGUGCCCUUUUCUCCUCGGUGUGCACACUACUCUGUUGUGUUUUAUUUUUCCAGGUCAUUUAUCUAAGCUGUUAAUACAGCUAACAUAGGCACUUUACAUGAUUUAGGAAAUAAUUACAGGAGUCAAAAGCUCCAGGCAUUCAUAGCAUUCAUAGAUGCUUUCAUAGAUGCUUUUCUUCAUCCUUGCUGUGCAGUGAACACUUGAAAUGGAUUGACUGUGCUUUGUUCUCCUGUUGCUUGGUGUUUGUUCAAGGAAUGUCUCUUGAGACUGUAUUUCCAACUUACUGUUUUUCCUUUUUUAAAAUUAACAUGCAGCUACACUGUGCUGUUCAUGUAACGAGUGUCUUCCAAGUUUCUAAAUGUUUUAUUUAAUCACAUGGCAUCUAAAACCCUCACAUCUCUCCCUCUGAGCAAUAAAAUAUUUUCAAGGA